AUGCGGUGGGCUUUAGUGGUGGUAGCUGCUUAUGGAUUAUUUGUCGCCUUGAUCGUAAGGUUUAUGCCAUCAGAUCGUAUGCAAAUCGAUAUUCCCGUAAACCACAAAUAUUCGGACCAAGCACGGAAGAUCAUGAAAAAUGAACGGUUUCAAUCAAUCCACUCGAAAUCCACGGCGUCACUCGAAAUUGUCCAGAAUGAAAAUCUCAAUACUUACAUACAGUUACUCCUGGAAGAACAUAAGAAUUCUGGCAAAGAAAUAUAUAACUUUAUUGCGCGAAUUCCUCAUACCCAAGCGGGCCAAAAAAUUUUUACAAUAGCGCCGACUGGAUGGCAAAGCUCUUAUUCGCUUGUCCUCAUUGCACACAAGAAAUACGACGAUUAUCAUAAAAUUCUUCUUUCCAGCGUAUCUAGAGAAGCGACAAUAUCGAUUUGGAGCAAAAUAUUUUCGCCUCUUAAGCUGUUAUUCGGUAUGACGGUGAGUGAUCAUCAACAAAUCGAAGAAAUCCUUGCAGGUUCAUAUAAUAACCAAAACAAAGCAAUGUUACACCAGAUGAUGACGUAUAUAAUGACUGAUCACAUUCAAGCUCAUUUCGAUAAUGAUGUGCAAAUUAAUUUUGUAGUGAACAAGAAUUUGCUCAUGUGA